GAGAGGGAGACAGAGAGAGGGAGGGAGAGGAGGAUCUAGGAGAGAGGAUGUAGGAGGUGCAUCACUCGGAGGUUCGGCAGCACUCUGGUCGGUUCUCUCGUCGGAAGCUUCAGCUACAUUCAGUCUCUGAGCGGUUGGCAGGCGUAGCAGAGCUCCCGCCCACACAGCACCACCGCCCACCUUCCCAGCAUGCCGCUGGCCUCUUACCACAGCCCUCUUCACCCUGACGGAGCUCUCUGUGAGAGGAGAAACACAGCGUUUAUAUUCACUGUCCAGAAGAGACUCGCUGAAGACAGGAGAGAGGGGAGACUGAGGCUACCUGCUCAGUCCUCUUUGGUUUUUGAGAAGAACUUCUGCACCAAUCAGCAGCCAGCAUGGACUUUGUGAUGAAGCAAGCUUUGGGUGGAGCCACCAAAGACAUGGGCAAGAUGCUGGGGGGGGAGGAGGAGAAGGACCCCGAUGCAUCCAAGAAGGAGGAGGAGCGGCAGGAGGCGCUGAGGCAGCAGGAGGAGGAGAGGAAGAGCAAGCACGCCCGCAUGGAGGCCGAGAGGGAGAAAGUACGGCAGACCAUCAGGGACAAGUACGGGCUGAAGAAGAAGGAGGAGAAGGAGGCGGAGGAGAAGGCGGCCAUGGAGCAGGCCUGUGAGGGCUCUCUGACGCGUCCUAAGAAGGCGAUUCCUCGAGGCUGCGGAGACGACGAGGACGAGGAGAGCAUCCUGGACACCGUCCUCAAGUUUCUGCCCGGACCUCUACAGGACAUGUUCAAGAAGUAAACCGUGACAGAGACGAAGGGGGUCCGGGUUAGGGUGUUUGUAAGGAGGCGGAGUUUCAGAGUAGAUUGGAGGGGGGGGGCUUCUCACUGCCUUUCUACAAAACCUUUACGUUCUUCUUUUCUACUCGACGACUGCGUCUCUCUUCUUUUUAUUUGACUCUUAGGACAUUUCUUACAGUUUAAUAAUACGUCUUCUGUCCUUUUUUCCUUUUUUCACACCUAGUGAGGUCAGACGUUCUGCUUGGUUUGGCCAUCACCUGUUGCCAGGCAAAGGGGACCAAUGGCGAGCAGCAAUCCUGCAGAUGGAGCAUGUUGUGUGUUUUCUACUUUUUAUGAACCUUCUGGUCUUUAUAUUGAAGUUUAAAUGAAUCAGCGUUUUGAGUUCUGGGACAUGUGCCUCCAUACAUCGUCCUCCUGCCAGAGGACAUGUCAAUGAGGGACAUUGGGUUGUUCAUCUGCAUGAAGACACACCAUGGGACACUUUUACCACACCAUGUCUCUGAUGUAAACUUGGCUCGUUGUCACAUUUAGAACGAUUUAAAAACAGACCUCCGUGUUACCUUCAGGGCCUCGAGCUUCACAGGAACUUUAGGUUUCAUUCUAGAUUUACUCGAGCUCUUUAGACGUGUCGAGGACUUUGGAUAUUCUCUCAAAUAUUUUUUAUUAGAUCAAGAUUUCAUCCAUUUGAGCAAACAAAGAGUCUUUUGAAUCCCAUUUUUAAAAGUAAAUCACUGUUUCUUUGUCCAGGAAUCAGGUAACUGAUGAUGAGUCAGCGUCCCUGUAGAGACAAUCAAAGCAUGGACCGCUGGAGGAGGCGGUACUUCCUGUCACACCCUCUCUGAUUGGUUAGAAGAGGGUUUAACUAAGUGUCUCUUAACUUAAACUAUUUAUUCUCAUUUUCUUCUCCACAUGAAUGCAAAUGUCAGACUUUUCUCUCGACUUCUUAAGGCUUCAGUUUUCCCUCGAUGGACGCUCAUCACCAUGGAGACCAAAGAAAUACCGGUGACAUCUUCACGUUUCUCGUCACGUAGACGAGUUUUAGUUUUUUGUUGUAUUGAGGUCUGCAGGAGGAACACGUGUGCAUGAAUCCCAAAGAGCACAAACUAAAAAUGAUCUUUUUCCCCUCAAAGUAGAAGAUGACGUCACUGAGGAGCUCAGCUGACCUCUGACCUAACAACACGUCGUCCUAAACACAUACAGCAGAGCACGAGGCUUCCACCAGUUUGUACCUUUAAGGAUUAAUAAGAUGAAAUGAAUCAUGAAUAGAAACAUGUUCCUUUGUUUCCUUAGACAAAGCCAUAUUAUUUAAAUCGCAAUAAUUACUUUAAAAAAAGACAAUAUUCCAUCGAAGAGUUUUACCGUCUCGUUUGUUUUAUGUAAAAAGAAAGAUUAGAAACAAAGAUAUCUGCAUAUCUGUUUGUAAGUCCUCACCAUACUUGUAUCUUUAAACGCGUAUACGAGUGUAUACACAAAGAAAUGUGUGUAGAAAAACUCUGUGUACUACAUGUGUACUGUGUGUUUCUACAUGUUGAUUCAUAUUCUUAUAACUAUUAAUGUGCACAGGCAGAGAAACGAUACUGAACACGUUCCUUUAAUAUUGAGCAAACGUUUGGUAGAGAAGAGACGAAGAACACGCACAGAAUCACGUGACGUUGAUCCAGAGAGACUUUAGUGGAUACACACACUGUCUCUGUACUACAAGUUAGUAGUAGUAGUAGUAGUAGUAGUAGUAGUACUGCGUUGACACAAGACAUGUGACAAAAUACAAAGUUCUGUUGCUUUGUGUCAAAUCUUUAGAUUUCAAACUGACGGUUUUUAAAAGUCAGUUUGAUGUAAAACAUUUUGGUUUCAUAUUUUUGUAUACAGUUAAAUUCUAAACCAUCAAUAUUCAACCCUGUCUCCUAAAAGUGACGUUCACGUACAACUCGACAGUUCACGAACAACUCGACAGUUCACGUACAACUCGACAGUUCACGUACAACUCAGGUUACGGUCGAGAUUUUAAACAGUUUGAAACAUAAAGUUAAUGUCGUCAAAUGACACUAAACUAAAACUCAAAUUAAGUUAAAUGAAACUAAAACUAAACUAAACUCAAAUGAAACUAAAUUAAACUAAACUACCUUCAUCAGUGUUUGUCAUUACAUGUUUGUUACUUUAUUAAAGUUAUGGAUGGAAAUUAGAAAAAGCUGAAUGUUGACAUUUGGUUUCACAUUUCCCUUGAAACAUUAUUCACAAUACAUUUUAAUGUUAUUUCAAUAUUAAACAUAAUCUGUUGCGAUCACGGUUGUAAAACAUCAAAUCUGAGACGAAGACUUCGACACUGAAACUUUAACACUUGAGUUCUUUAGAGGCGGAGCUCUACAAACAUUUUUUAUGCUGAUUUCUGUCUCAAUCACGGGAUACAGUUGCUUUGCUCGUCAUGUUGAAGUGAUGCGUCAGACAGGUUUAGUGCAGUUUGAGGAGAAUCACAUUGAUUCAUGUUAUUUAUCACAUGAACACAGUCUCACCUCCAUUAGGUUCCUUCUUGCCUUGGAUAGUAAAGAGUUAACAUGAAGCCAUUCAUCAUCCGAGUAGAACUCCAAGCCUCACGUCAUGUGACCUGCCUUUAAAAAGAAAGGGCUAUUACCGUAAGUCACCUGUGUGAGCUCACUGCUGUUUACUGUCGUUGUUUCACUUCCUUCUGGUGUCAUGAGUGUUUCAAACUCUAGAUAAAUCCUUAGUUUGAUCGACGGCGGUGGAGCAGCUUCUGACGUACACUGAAGUAGACGUGGCUGAAUGACAGUGUAGACAUUAAACAGAUACCUGAGUUUCAAACGUUUAAUAGUGAUGAGAGACAAGAUAAAGAGCUGAAACACGGGAUCAUCAGAGCAUCUUCUGUUGUCAGGAGCCCACAAACAUUCAUCCUGCCUCCCCCCUCCCCCCUCCCCCCUCCCAAAAACACAGCAGAGGUUGUCCAUUAGGUCUGGUGAUAUUUCACUAUGUAUUACAUCAACACACAGUGAUGUAUUGUGGCAGCGUGCAGCACACGUCUACGUCUUCAAUAGAACUUUAUGAAAUGCAAAGGGACGCUUGGAGACGGAGAAUGAAAAACUUUAAUUCUUUAAACUUUAUCGUCGCUCGUGACACGGCCGGACUGUUGAUCACUGUAAUGAUGUCAUAACGUUUGUCUUUCUGGUAACGUUUUCCACGUCUACACUUAUUGGAUCUUCUUAGAACUGCCCUGCUGAUUCCUGCCAGUAAACCUAGUUUUACGGAGUCGAGAAGCUCGUCUCGUCCACACGUUUACGUCCCUUUAGUGGAAGACGAGGUCUCGUCCUCACGUUUGCGUCCCUUUAGUGGAAGACGAGGUCUCGUUCGCACAAACUGUGAAGACAGACUCUUUAAAUACAUUCCAGUCUUUUUGGCAUUUGCACUAGAAUACGUUGAAAUGUUACACAAAAAUAAGUUCCUACUGCCAACGUACCUGUGUUGUGUUACUGUUUGCCAGCCUCUGAACGGUGAAGCUGAAAGGUACCAGCUGAGGUUCUGUACCCGGCAGCAUUCCCUUUAGUUCGGCCAUUUGUGCCAAACCAAUGCGAUGGCGAUAUUCACACGUUUGCAGACGAUGUGACGUUGUUCCCUGGAGACCUAAAGGUGACGCGUAAACCAGGAAAAGGAUUAAAAAGGGAUUAAGAACUGAAAAGGGAAUCCACUAAGAAAUGGAUUUUUCUUAAAGUUCCUCCAUUUGAAAUCGAGUCUCUUUUAUAAUUCAGGGUGCAGAGGGUAAGAAUGUAUGAAUAUGAGUUGUUGUGCUAUUUGAUCCUUAACUGCAUGUCGUGUCUCUAUGUGGAGCCGUCACUGUAAACGCUCUCAUCAGUGGACAUUAAAUGCAUCGCACUAAUAAAACAGGUUUAUAAAAA